UUUUGAGAAGAGGGAAAACAUCAGAGCUACCAAUCGCAAAGCUGUGUUAAAAAUCUCAAGUUUCGUCCAUUCUUCAGUCUCUACCUGGUAAAAAGUUUGAAACUCCGUUCCACACUUUUCUUAUUUCUUUUCUUUUACUUCUUGUUUCAAUUUCUGGUGACUCUGUGUUUAUAAAAUGGCCGCUUACCAUCACGAUGCAUUUUAAUCGGUUUGUGUAGUUAGCGAAUUUUCUAUUUUAACCUAAAUUUGCAAGUUCCUCAAGCGGAAGAAUGAUUUCGAUUUUUUUGAGCUUUGUAUUUAAAGAAAAUUGUUCAUGCUUCAGAUGAUAUUGACGAACUACGUUCCUGUGUGGAUAAUCGAGGAAUUUUUUUUUGUCUCAUUUUGCUUUCUGGUUUUUGUUUCUACAGAAAUUUGGUUGCUACUAGGCAUACAAUGGUGGACGGCAAGGCUGUCAAGGAUCCUGUAAAGACUAAUCCUGCAAUGACGAGAGCACGUGCUCAGCAGCAACAAGUGGGAGAGGAUGACGAAUUGGAUCCCACGCAAUACUUUGAAAAUAGGCUGAAAGCACUUGCAGCUCAAAAGGAAGCUGGCAAAAAUCCUUAUCCUCACAAGUUUCAAACCUCAAUGACUAUUCCUGAAUACAUAAACAAGUAUAUGGGAUUGGAAAGUGGAGCACAUCUUGAAGAUGUUGAUGUGUCUUUGACUGGUCGAAUUAUGACCAAACGAGCAUCUGGGAAAAAGUUAUUCUUCUAUGAUCUACAUGGUGGUGGUGCCAAAGUUCAAGUUAUGACUGAUGCAAGCAAAUCAGAUUUAGAGCUGGAAGAGUUUACCGCCUUUCACUCUAGUGUUAAACGUGGAGAUAUUAUUGGUAUUGUUGGAUUUCCAGGUAAAAGUAAAAGGGGAGAACUAAGUAUUUUCCCGAAACAGUUCAUAGUUUUGUCUCACUGUCUACAUAUGAUGCCACGACAAAAGGCAGCUCCAGGUGCAGACAAUUCAAAGAACACUGAAAUAUGGGCUCCAGGAUCUGGAAGGAAUCUAGACUCAUAUAUUUUGAAGGAUCAGGAAACUCGAUAUAGACAGCGCUAUUUGGAUCUCAUGUUGAAUUCAGAAGUUCGUGAAAUCUUCAAGACCAGAUCUAAAAUUAUCACAUAUGUUCGGAGGUUUUUGGAUAAUCUUGAUUUCUUGGAGGUUGAAACACCCAUGAUGAACAUGAUUGCUGGGGGAGCAGCAGCACGUCCUUUUGUGACACAUCAUAAUGAACUGAAUAUGAGGCUCUAUAUGCGCAUUGCACCUGAACUUUACCUUAAGCAGCUUGUUGUUGGUGGACUGGAUCGUGUUUAUGAGAUUGGAAAACAGUUCAGGAAUGAAGGAAUAGACUUAACUCACAACCCUGAGUUUACUACUUGUGAAUUUUAUAUGGCGUAUGCUGAUUAUGAUGAUUUGAUGGAGCUUACGGAAAAAAUGCUGAGCGGGAUGGUCAAAGAGCUUACUGGUGAUUAUAAAGUAAUGUAUCACGCAAAUGGCCAGGGGAAUGAUCCGAUCGAGAUUGAUUUUACACCACCUUUCAGAAGGAUUGAUAUGAUUUCUGAGCUGGAGAAGAUGGCGAAUUUGAACAUACCCAAAGAUCUCUCUAGUGAUGAAGCUAACAAAUAUCUGGUAGAUGCAUGUGCAAAGUUUGGCAUCAAAUGCCCCCCUCCGCAAACAACAGCUAGAUUGUUGGAUAAGCUUGUGGGGCACUUUCUUGAGGAGAGCUGUGUGAACCCCGCUUUCAUAAUCAACCAUCCAGAGAUAAUGAGCCCACUGGCAAAAUGGCACAGGGCAAUCCCGGGGCUUACUGAACGAUUUGAGUUAUUUAUCAACAAACAUGAGCUUUGUAAUGCAUAUACUGAAUUGAAUGACCCUGUUGUGCAACGUCAGCGGUUCGCUGACCAACUGAAGGAUCGACAAUCUGGUGAUGACGAGGCUAUGGCUUUGGAUGAGACAUUUUGCACCGCCCUUGAGUAUGGUUUACCCCCAACUGGUGGCUGGGGUCUAGGAAUCGAUCGGUUUGCUAUGCUUUUGACCGAUUCUCAGAACAUCAAGGAAGUGCUAUUGUUUCCGGCUAUGAAGCCGCAAGACGAAGCAUCUGCAAAGAAACUUGCUGAAUCAUCUAACCAAGGUCCGGAGUCCAGCAACUGCAAUGCUGGCGGUUCGUAG